UGUGCCAGGCCAGGGUCUGUUUCUGACAGGCAUAAGAGCCCCCGCUCCAACAGCUCCUUUGUGCCCUGCGCAGCCGAGGGGUUGUUCUCGUUUUCCCGUACGCAGCCAUCUAAUCUGCUGACGGGGACAUGCAGACUUUUGCAGCUCGCUGCCUGUGGGCUGAGCGCUGGCUUUUCCCCCCUCUCUCCUUCCCGGGAGGGGCUUCUCCGGAGCUUGGGAGCGGAGAGAGCCGGGCUUAGAUAGGAAGGAGAGACGGUCCUGCUUCCUUAAUAUGUAUGGUGAUGUCACGGGCAGGAGUGUGUGUGUGUGAGUGUAAGGAGGGGGAGGGGGUGUGCAUGGGGCCCCCAGCGCGCAUGCCUGCUCUCUACCAGCAGCAGCAGCUGCAGCAGCAGGAGCUGUGGCCAAAGACAUUGAAACAGUAAGAGACAUGGCUAGAGAUGGCGAGGGACGCGACCAGACACCUACUGGGGCUGCUGAGGCUGUUUUAAAAGAACGGGGGCCUUAAAAUUGAUCAACCAUCACGAAAAAAAAUAAUAAAUCACACAAAAGAGAAAGCCCAACCAACCCCCCCGCCCCAAGCGCCUGAUCCUUUCCACUGGGGGUGGAAUCCUGCAUGCCUCCAACGUGAAGACCUCCUAGGACUUUCCAACCACAGACCAGAUAGAUGUGGUGUCCACAAGCCUGCACGAAUAACAAUGAACGCGCAGCUGACGAUGGAGAACAUUGGCGAUCUGCACGGGGUGAGCCAUGAGCCGGUGCCAACCACGGCCGAUCUGAUGAGCAGCAGCCCCCAUCACAGGAGCUCGGUGGCCCAUCGCAGCAAUCAUUUGCCAGCCCACCCUCGCUCCAUGGGCAUGGCUUCCAUCCUGGACGGUGGCGACUACCACCACCACCACCGGCCUCCUGACCACGCUCUGACGGGACCCCUGCAUCCCACCAUGACCAUGGCCUGCGAGACACCCCCCGGGAUGAGCAUGAGCAGCACCUACACCACAUUAACCCCUCUGCAACCUCUACCUCCCAUCUCCACCGUCUCGGACAAGUUCCCUCACCAUCACCACCACCAUCACCACCACCAUCACCACCAGCGGAUCCCUGGGAAUGUGAGUGGCAGCUUCACCCUCAUGAGGGACGAGCGGGGUCUGGCUUCUAUGAACAAUCUCUACACCCCCUACCAUAAGGAUGUUACCGGCAUGGGGCAGAGCCUCUCCCCUUUGUCUGGAUCAGGCCUGGGGGGCAUCCACAACUCCCAGCAAGGGCUGCCUCAUUACGCUCACCCCAGUGCCCCCAUGCCUGCCGAGAAAAUGCUCACCCCGAACGGAUUCGAAGCCCACCACCCUGCCAUGCUGGGCAGGCAUGGGGACCAACAUCUUACCCCUACAUCCGCUGGCAUGGUGCCUAUCAAUGGGAUCCCGCAUCACCCUCAUGCCCACCUGAAUGCCCAGAGUCACGGGCAGAUUCUGGGCUCUGCCAGGGAACAAAACCCUUCUGUCACUGGUUCGCAGGUCAACAGUGGAAGUAAUUCAGGGCAAAUGGAAGAAAUCAAUACCAAAGAAGUAGCUCAGAGGAUCACCACCGAGCUCAAACGGUACAGCAUCCCCCAGGCUAUCUUCGCCCAGAGGGUGCUGUGCCGGUCUCAAGGGACCCUCUCAGACCUAUUGAGGAACCCCAAGCCCUGGAGCAAACUCAAAUCCGGCCGGGAGACCUUUCGGAGGAUGUGGAAGUGGCUUCAGGAGCCAGAAUUCCAGAGAAUGUCUGCUCUCAGGCUAGCAGCAUGCAAGAGGAAAGAACAAGAACAUGGGAAAGAUAGAGGGAAUACACCCAAAAAGCCUCGGUUGGUCUUCACGGAUGUCCAGCGUCGAACUCUCCAUGCAAUAUUCAAGGAAAAUAAGCGUCCAUCCAAAGAAUUACAAAUCACCAUUUCCCAGCAGCUAGGGUUGGAGCUGAGCACCGUCAGCAACUUUUUCAUGAAUGCACGGAGGAGGAGUCUGGAUAAGUGGCAAGACGAGGGCAGCUCCAAUUCAGGCAAUUCAUCAUCUUCAUCAAGCACUUGUACCAAAGCAUGAAGGAGUAACCACGAACUAAACCUCGGUGGAAAAGCUUUAAAAAUAAAUAAAUAAAUAAAGACCAGGACCUCAAGAUAGCAGGUUUAUACUUAGAACUAUUUGAAAAAAAAAAGUUAUUUAUAAGUCCAAAGAAACCAAAGACUUAUUUCACCUGCAUUUUGACUUUGUUCUGAGACACACACUUUAGUAGGACGACGACUUGCAAAAAAAAAAAGAAACAAAACAAAACAAAAAACAGAGAGAAACGAAAGAAACCACUGGUCUUACACCUUCAUCCAUGAUCAUUUUCACCGUAUUUGGCUUGUUUAGUGGUUUGGAGCAUAGUGAUUUCUUGUCAUUGAAUGGACAUCUUUUCAGAUAUGGCUCUUCAUUUCCACAGAUAUUGCCAUGAAGGUGUAUGGUGUAUCCGUACUGUGUACACACCAGUGGUUAGGGACUUAGUCAGGGCUCGUCUUCAGAAAGGGUUGUGCCAUAGCACAACCAACAUAGCGUGGAGUCGUCUGAAUUCAUUGAACGGUAGUGUGAUUUUUGCUGUUUUAUCGUUUGAACUUCGCUAGUGCAACACCUGGAAACAAGUUCAAACUAGGCAAAGAAAUUUUGAAUGAUACCUAAACCAGUGCAUUCUCUUUGUUUGUUAAGGAAUGUUCAGAUUUAAAAAAAAAGUGAAAUAAUAUUCCAUCCAUUAAAAAAAUCGACUAGCUACCAAAGAAUACAUUUAAUAUUAUAUUGCAGGUAUUUUAUUGCAAUGAUUUUAAUAUUCCAAAGCUAUUUUUACACAAAAUACUAUGUAGAGUUAUAGGUAUAAACUAAUCUAACUGUAUAACACAUAAAACCUGUAAUCAAGACUGUUAUUUGCAAUUACUAAACCACUUUAAUAUUUGUUUCCAAGACUGGCAAGAAAGAAUGUCAUUUU